UAUGCAAUGCCUUGUCAAGCUAACGCGUUGAAUGAAUGCAUGACUUUAUUAAGCAUUGUAUCCCAUGGGCAUAGCCAUGAUUAUUAUGAUGCUACGAAGAAAGAUAGAUGGAAGGUCAUUGCCCACUCAAUAACGUUCAUUAGUCAUAAAUGGUGACCCCAAAAUAUUAUAAUAAUCUCACUCCUCACAAGUCUUCAUGUAUGUACAUCACGAGACAUUAUAUUGAUCACUAAUAGACUUUGACCACAUUUUUUACAUUCCUAGUCUUUAAUAUUAUAUUCCUCAUACUCUUCUUAUAUCAACAACUACCCACCCACAAUUUCCACACUCCAAAUACUUAUUUCCCACCAUACACAAUAAGACAAACCCACUUGCAAGACUUAAACAAACUUACACAAACACAUUCCAUAUUCAUUUCCUAGUUUUAUUGAAAAAAAAUUAACAUUUGAUUGCAAAGAACAUCCUAGUUCUAGCUAAUGUUCCAAAUGGGAUUCCAAAUUACGAAGACAUUGAAAUAUUGGCUAAUAGACCACCCAUCAAUUGUUUGGUUUCGUUGGAGUCCCACCCAAUCAUGGGGCUCCACGUGGUCAUUUCUCGUCACAGCCAUCACCGCAUAUGUAACAAUCGCACUCACCCUCCACGUCAUCCUUAAAAUCUUCCGGCGCCGACACGCUGUCCCACUGGGACCCAUUCCCGCAAUCCACUACCUCAUUAUGUCACUAAUCUCCGUCACAAUUUUCAUCGGCAUGCUAUUCUCCGCCACCGCCGAACUCCACGACACACGGUGGCUCCUCCGGCGAACCAAAACCACCCCUUUUGAGUGGUUCCUUUGUUUUCCACUUGGAAUUCGUCCUUCUGGUCGUGUUUUCUUUUGGUCUUACGUUUUCUACCUCUCACGGUUUCUUCACUUUUUUCGAACUUUCUUUGUUAUUCUUCGUCACCGAAAACUCUCGUUUUUCAGGCUAUUCAACCACUCGAUUCUCUUGUUAAGUUCUUUUCUAUGGCUUGAAUUUUCACAGUCUUUUCAAGUUUUGGGUAUUCUAUUCUCCACAUUGGUUUACUCUUUGGUUUAUGGAUAUAGAUUUUGGAUUGAAAUUGGGUUGCCAAGUAAGAAUUUUUAUUUCAUAGUGAAUUGUCAAAUGAUUUUGUUGGUUUUUAAUUUGGUUUGUCAUGUUGGAGUGCUUUGGUUGCAUUUAUUGAGAGGUGGGUGUAAUGGAAUUGGAGCUUGGGUCUUCAAUUCUGUUUUGAAUGCUGCCAUUCUUUUCCUCUUUUUGAAUUUCUACAUCAACAUGGAUGGCCAACGCAAGAACAAUAACACUAGUAGUCUCCACAAAAUAGUUCAGUUGGUGAAUUAAAGACAUCAACAUAAUUUAAUUGCGGCAUCAUUUUUGCUAGUGAUUCAUCACAAACACUUAUUUAUAACUUGAUUUCCUCAUGCUGCAACUUUUGAUUUUUGUGUCUAAUUGUGAGGUUUGAGAUUCUUUUGGUGCCAACGGUUUUUUUUUCUUUGAUACUUUAGUUUGAUUAAGUCCACCUUUGUCUCUUUAAAAUAGUUGAGAUAUUGGAUGGGACACAUAGCAUUGUAUUUUUUUUUUUUUAAGACGGACCCAACGUGCUACAUUAUGACGUUUUAUGUUGUUAAUUAUUUUUAAUGAAAAAUUACAACAAAAAUUACGUUGGUCCGAGUAGAAAAUAUACCAAUGUUUCAUGUUUAAGCCUUGUGCCUAGAAAAUAUAGGUUUGGAAGAGAAAAUAUAUUGGAGGAGAGCAUGUAGACUUUUUAAUAGAGAUAAGUCAUGGUAAAUUUGGUA